UUUGGUUAUAAACAUUUCUUAAUAGCACUUGUUACAAAAUGACAAUUUAUAAUUUAUAUUUUUAACUAAAACAAAUUAAACCACACAAAGGUCUAAGAACUAUAGUAGAAAACUUACACUUUAAAUAUUGCUCAUUUAAUCGAUAAGCGAGUUAGGUGACAGCGAUGGAAAAUAAUGAAAAUGAUUCUAGUGAAGAUGAAUUAAGAGAUUUACCAGUAAUCACUAAAGAUGAUGUGAGAUCUAGCUAUGUUAGCGGUUGGGAUGAUGAUACUGAAGGGGUUGACGAGGAAUUGAACCCUCAUGGUUCUCCAAACACAGAGAUAUUGUGGGCUGCAGAAAAUGGUAAAACGGAAAAUAUUCUCAAAUUAAUUAACGAAAAUCCUUCAAUUGUCCAUGUUAGGGACAAAGAUGGUUACACUCCCCUUCACCGAGCUAGUUACAAUAACCAUGUGGAUGCAGUUGAGAUAUUGAUCCAAAAUGGAGCAAAUAUAGCUGCCAAGACUGAGGACGGUUGGCAACCUUUACAUUCAGCUUGCAAGUGGAAUAACGUCAAGUGUGUUGCCAAACUUCUCGCCUAUGGUGCGGACAUCAAUGCGCUCAGUGUGGGAGAUAUAACACCAUUACACCUAGCUGCUUCAAACAGUUAUGCUAAAGAGGUCUUGGAGUUGCUUUUGAUGCACCACGAGAUAAAACCAGACAUCAAGAACCAAAGUAAUGAAACUGCAUUCGAAAUAGCAAAGAGAAGUGGACCUCACUAUAAAUUAUUUGAAAUUAUCGAACCAUGUUUCCAGUUAUGAACAAUUUGAGUGCAGGAACGCUCGGAAGAUGGUGAACAGUCUGGCGAGGAAGCGCAGGAUUGUAUUGAGGAGCACUUCUAGCAGCAAGAACACAUGUCACGUCACGUUAACCAACAUGUCUAGGCGAUUGUUGAGUCUCCACAGCCGCACCGUGUUGUCACUGCAAGAAGAUAAAACACAUUUAUUUUUGUUAUAAUAAAGGCUUUUAUUGUUGA